GCUGAAGGAAUUCCCUCCCUCUCCCCCCCCCAAAAAAAACGCCUGGAAAAAAAAAAAUCGGGAUUUUCACCGCCCUGCUCCGCCUCUCCACCGGGAAUCCUGCGGAAUUCCAGGAUUUGCAGCGGGAAUCCUGCGCAAUUCCAGGAUUUGCAGCGGGAAUUCUGCGCAAUUCCAGGAUUUUUUUUCCUCACCCCGCAUCCCCGGAGCCCCCGGGCCAUCGAUGAGGCAUCACCAUGCUGACCAGCAUCACCGACGGCUUCCUCUGCUGCCUGCUGGGCAAGACCCCCAACGCCGUGGGGCCUCUGGACAGCGUUGAGUCCAGCGACGGCUUCACCUUCCUGGAGGUGAAGCCCGGCCGGAUCCUCCGCAUCCGCCACAGCGUUCCCGAGCGCCCGCGCUCCCCGCGCUCCCCGCGCUCCCCGGAGCGCGGCGCCGUGCGCUGCCCGCGCCGCAUCACGCUCUACCGCAACGGGCAGCUGCUGAUCGAGAACCUGAGCGAGGCCCAGGCCCCGCGGUGCCCGCUGCCCGACGCCAACGGCGAGCCGGGAGCGCCGGAUCCCGCCGGAGCGGCGGCCAAGCGCCGCAAGCGCAAGCCCAAGAGGGUGGUGACGGUGGACUGCAAGAAGCGCAUCACCAGCUGCAAGGGCACGCACGGGGACGUGGUGCUGUUCUUCAUCCACGGCGUCGGCGGCUCUUUGGACAUCUGGAAGGAGCAGCUGGAGUUCUUCUCCAAGCUGGGCUACGAGGUGGUGGCGCCGGAUUUGGCGGGGCACGGCUGCAGCUCGGCGCCGCCCGUGGCCGCCGCCUACACCUUCUACGCGCUGGCCGAGGACAUGAGGGCCGUGUUCAAGCGCUACGCCAAGAAAAGGAACAUCCUCAUCGGGCACUCCUACGGGGUGUCCUUCUGCACGUUCCUGGCUCACGAGUACCCCGAGCUGGUGCACAAGGUGAUCAUGAUCAACGGGGGCGGCCCCACGGCGCUGGAGCCCAGCCUGUGCUCCAUCUUCAACCUGCCGCCCUGCGUGCUGCACUGCCUGUCCCCCUGCCUGGCCUGGAGCUUCCUCAAGGCCGGCUUUGCCCGCCAAGGUGCCAAAGAGAAGCAGCUGCUGAAGGAGGGCAACGCCUUCAACGUCUCGUCCUUCGUGCUGCGUGCCACCAUGAGCGGGCAGUACUGGCCCGAGGGGGACGAGCUGUACCACGCCGAGCUGGCCGUGCCCGUGCUGCUGGUGCACGGCAUGCACGACAAGUUCGUGCCCAUCGAGGAGGACCAGAGGAUGGCAGAGGUACGGGGCUGGCACCCCCGGGAAGGGGGGUGGGGGAUCUGCCCCCCCCCCAAAAAAAUGGGGGGUGGCUGA